AUGCAAUUUUAUAUUAAUAAAAACCAACAGGAAAAGAAUUCAGUUGCAUAGUAAUCCUUCAAAAGGUUAACGAAUGAUCUUCUUGAUGAAAAACUCUAAGAUCUAAAUGACAAUACUUGUUAAAUUUUGAUAAAUUAGAAUUGUGACAAAUUGUAUUUAUAAAUAACUCCAAAAAUCGGCUCGUUUAUUUAUAACAAUUACUAAUUUUAACUAGAUUUCAGAAUCAAUUAUCCUUAUAAUCCUCCUUUAAUACAUGUAGAGUCUAAUAUUCCACAUCCUAACAUUGAUUUAAAAAAUCAUUAACUUUAUGUAAAAGUUUUAGAUCCAAAUGUCUGGAAACCAGUAUAUGGGUUAUAUGACAUCAUUUAAGCCAUAAAAUAAACAAUCCUCUACAUAGAUUAUACCUAUAUACCUAAUGAUAUACAAUGUAUCAAAAGUGCAUAAAGAAUGGGUUAAUAGGAUCACAGCACUGAUGAAGAAGAAUCAGAAGACAAAGGCUUUGAAUUAAGUGAAAAUUUUAAAAGAAAUUUUGAAUUACCAACCCUUUCAAGAAUUAGUGUGGAAAAUGAAUAAUCAGAUGAUACAGAAGAAGAGAAUUUCGAUGAUCCUUCAGAAAGAUCGAGUCAAGAGCCUGCAAUAAUUAAUUUAACAAAAAAUACCAGACACUCUUUAGACGAUAAUAAUACACUACCUAAACCAAAAAAGUGA